CAAUGUCCUACUGCAUAUGUACUGCCGGCCAUGACUGUGUUUCUGUAAUUUUGAUCUAGGCCUACCAUGUUCAAAGUGGACGUGAAGCAGAAAUGACUCGUUUGCUUGGAAAGUCGAUGAAAGAGCUUCUUAGCACAAAUUUGGCUAUAAGUUCCAGAAUAAAAGGUUUUUUGUAUGAAGCAAGUAAAUCGGUGUUUAUUCCCACGGCUUCACUGAAGGACAUUAGACCAAUCGAGACAUUUGACCAUGUGACGAUACCAGAGAAACCCAAGUUGAAGUUUUACAACAAGGUUCCUAAGAGGACACGCUACAAGAAGGUGUUCAAACAGCUGAUUCAAAUCAGAGGACCAUCAGAGGUUGCUAAUAAACUCAAGCUAGGGCAAUAUGGCAUUGUGGCUAGAAGCGGUGGUUACUUACGUCAUGGCCAUUUUGAGAUGAUGCGUCUCACUAUCAAUAGAUCCCUGGAUUCCACCAGAAUGUUUGCAAGAUGGAGGGUAGAACCACCCAGUAAGCCAAUUACCAAAAAGGGGCAGGGCCAGCGUAUGGGAGGAGGAAAAGGUAACGUGGAUCACUAUGUCACCCCUGUCAAAGCUAAUCGAAUGAUCUUGGAAGUAGGCGGUAAGGUAGAAUUCCAGGAAGUCAGAGCAGUCCUUGUACAAGUAGCCAAGAAGCUUCCAUUCCGUGCUGAGGUUGUCACGGCACAGAGUAUGAAAGCCAAAGAAUGGGCUCAUCAAGAGAAGAUAAAGAACAAUGCCAAUCCCUGGACAUUUGAAAAGAUUGCUCGGGGUAAUUAUCUGGGGAUCUCUACCCGUCUUGGACCGUAUGAUUACAAGUGGUUUGGAGAGUACAGGUGAAUAGACUUGUCUGUAAUAUGGACAAACUUCAUAGAAGGAACCUGGCUAGCCUUCUUCCUACUCAUUAAUGCUGAAAGUGCUAAGACGAGUCUUGGAGUCAUAGACCAUCUUAGCAUCUUGAGGGAUUUCAAGUGGGGAUUGGUUCUAGUGUUGGAGUUCUUCAGCAUUCAAGAUCAACCAAAAUGAACAUUAUGAAGUAACUUUCCUCUAAUGUUGAGUUUUUAUUAGACUUUUAUUGCACAUAUCUGCAACACAAAACUGGUCUUUGAUGGUGCCAUUGAUCAGUGACAUGUUCAAUUAUCUCUUUAAGUUAUUAAGUUAUUCUUUAUCAUUUCCCUAUAUUGAGAAUUUGGAGUUACAGGACAAUAAGCUUGAGAACAUGCUUAAGGGUUUUAAUAGCACAACAUUUAUUCUUUAAACUGUCUGUUGAUUGCAUUUCUUAUUUUAGUUUUCACUGUCUGUGAGUAUCAUUUGUUAAAUUUAUUUCAAAAGUCACAGCAAGAGCUGUCUUUAAAGAUGUACAUGUAGUUGAGGCAGAGGCAGAGGCUGGUCUGAUGGAAAAUGUAGCUUUAAAACUUUGAAGCUGUGUUUCGUGCCUUUUUUUGGAAUAAGAACGGCCUGUAUUCUUUUUCCUUUUCUCAAAUAUAUUUUAAGAGACGUUUGUGAGCUAAAAUCAAAUUUUGGAAUAGUGAAAAGAAAUUUUUUUCAAAGUGACUUGAAAGCUUCUUAGAAUUGGUUACCUACCAGAGAAUUAAUUCCAUACCUCUUUCCUACAUGUCCUAAGGGGAAAAAACAUAACCAUGUGUUUAUUAGAUUUCCACAGUAAUUGCACAUCAGUGAUUUUCACUCAAAUGUCCUCUUUCAGAGAGGGCACGCUGUUCGAGUGUAUUGUCACCAGCAUUAAAUGAAACUUUUUUUUUGUAUCAUGUAUAAA